AUGUCUUCCAAAGGAUCCGCCUCCAAACAUCCGCAUGUACUGUUGUUUGCUUUGGCCGCCUGGGGACAUACGAGGCCCUUGAGCAAUCUGGCUUCCAAGAUUGCGAAGCUUCGCGGCGUUCAUGUCACAUUAUUCACUUGGGCUUCAGUCGUGGAGAAGGUGCACAUCGAGAUUUCUCGCAGCUUCGGCGAGAAGGAACAGGAGAUUCGCAAGCUCAUCAGGGUGGUCGCGCUGCCGGGAGAUAUGGAUACAACCAACUUCCUGGACGUGGACGAAUCUUUUCGUCCGGUUUAUCACCAACUCGCGAAAGGGGAGCCAGUCACUUGCUCAGUCAAAGGGACUGUAUUCGAUGCUGUUCUACCUCCUACUGUCGUCAUUAUAGAUUUCUUCGCUCUACGUCCACUCCGGACCAUCCGGGAGCUUAGUCCCGAGCGUAUCCCAGUACUUGCGUGGCAGAGUGCUGAUCCUGGCCACGUGCUACGGGACUUUGGACCUGUAGAAUACGGUGGUAUGGGUGAUUUGAAGCCUAUCGUCCACCGCAUCGCCGAAGAACACGGGCUGAGAGUGACAGAUGCUACGGCGAAGUAUUUCGACGAACUACCAGGAGAAGUUGUGACAUUGGGCAAACUUCCGCCUAUGUACGAUUAUGAGAAUUUUCCCCAACCAAUGCCGCUUGAGCUUCUCCAGGUCAUGGCAGAGAUGCAUCACAUCGGAUACCAUGCCUUCUUAGAGUGCGAUGGGAUUGUCCAGACAUCGGAUCCUUCCUUCGCUCGGGAUUCCAUCGAAGUUGUAGAGAAUUGGAUGGCCUCCAGCUCUCCGCCGCGUAAAGUCUACAGCAUCGGACCGCAGCUACCUUUUGGUACAGCUGCUGACACGAGGAACGGUGACUUGAAGCAGUCUUCGAAGUCGGAAGAGAUCGUCAACUUCCUAGAUGCUGCUCUGAAAUCUCAUGGAGCCAAAUCGGUGGUUUACAUCUCGUUCGGGACCGUUUGGGGUCCCUGGGCACAUCCGGAACAGCUAUGGGCGAUGCUUGACGUCUUCAUGGAGACGAAGGUGCCUUUCAUCAUGAGCCACGCGUCUCCCUUCGCCUCGGUACCAGAUGAAGUUCUGAACAAGGUCACGGAAUCCGGGCUGGGCGUCAUCGCGCACUGGUCUCCGCAACAAUAUAUCCUCUCGCAUCCAGCAACUGGAUGGUUCGUCACGCAUGCCGGGAUGAAUAGUGCAUUGGAAAGUCUCGCUGCUGGUAUCCCUAUGAUAUGCUGGGACUUCGCCGCCGAUCAACCUAUGAUCGCCGCGAACCUCAGUCGCGGUCUCAACGUCGCGUACCACCUUCUCGAGGUACGCAAUGGCAGAACCGCCACGAAACCGGCGUACCGCACGGGCAAAGCCCCUGAAGGUUCGAUCUCUUCUAUCAAAAGGGAGGUAGCAGAUGUUGUUGAACAGAUGCGGGGGCCGGAUGGCGCUACGAAAAGGCAGAAUGUGGAGAGGAUUUGCGAGGAGCUGGCCGAAAGCAUGAAGGAGGGCGGCAAUGCGCAUCGGUCAUUGCUGACUCUAUUCGACGAUCUAGGAUUAUAGGUUUACCAUCAAUACUAUGGAUCCACAUAUCGUCAUGCUUCGGAAAACACUGGAUAUAUCAUUGAUCCCGAUCCUCACAUGCGACAUAAUACAUGUUUAGUAACGGACAAUCAAUUAGGCAAU